AUUGUGGUCAAUCGCUACUUUUGGUAUGCACUUGAUGAGGGUUUCCCCUUGGAGAUUUCGAGUCCUCUUUGCUGUCCUGUCAUUUUGUUUGAGAGGGUUUUUUGGUAUGACAAGGCAGCUGGUAAUGGAAGUAUCAAUUCUUGAUUCAAGUGGAGUUGAACUUUUUUAUUAGAGGUGAUGAUUUUGGAAGGCCAACUGAUUGGUAUGUUCAAAAUUGGUUCGAUUUUUACAGAGCUUGGCCCAUCAUCUCGAUAUUUAAGCAGGCAUGAGUGUUUGUUAUCUAUAAGAUGCUGAUUUGAAUAAUUCAUUAGCAUAUUCUUUUUUUAAUCCAAGAGUAAAUGAGGAUGGUCGCACCGCUUUUUCGAAAUUACGUUUCAAUAACUAAUCCACCACAUUCGCAUCAAUGUGAUGUCUCAUUGGGCCUGAAAGGGCCCUUCGGGGCGUUGUUUGGCAAGGCUAUAAAGUCCGGCCCGGCCCAGUUGAUCCCGCGGCGGCCCUUUACGGCCCGAUUCCCACCUCUCUCCUCCUUCCUUGUUCUUACUCCAGCAGAGCUUUCUAGCUAUGGAGACGAGGCAGGGUCGCAGCGUGUGCCUCCGUUUCAGCUUCAGUUCGACAAACCGCCUGGCUUCUCAGGUUCGGCUUCCGCCCGGCGUUCUUUCGCGACCUAAUGGGCGAAGAGGGGGUGAGUGGAAUCCGGAGAAGGAUUUGCUGGCGAUGGUCACGGAUGACUCGAAGGAUAUAUCUCGAGCUGUGCUGCAUACUUAUAUGACAAUCUGGUCGAGUGGGAUGGAGGGAGAAAUUGGAGAAAGCAAAGAGACUAGGAGGGUCAGGGGAGCUGCAUCCAAGUUGUUGUCUUGGGACUUGAAGACGGUACAGUUUUACUGCAUGAUGUAAAGUAAGUUUUCUAUGUUGUUACUUGAACAUUACCCUCAUUACUUCUCAACUAAAGAUUCCUCCUACAACAUUCCUUUAUCAUCAGAACGUGUUCUCUAGUCUCUCUUGGGAAAGAUUCUGAUUGCUCAAAAUCUGCAUGAUGCAAUGCAAACAGCAAACUGACUGAACAUUCAGCUGCUAAUAGAGAUGGCACUCCAUUUUUAUUAGUCAUGUCUCUCAAUGUCAAGUUAACAAUGGAUUGGUAGAUAGGUCAAUUUGAGCAGGAUAAGAUUAACAAAAGAUUUUAAUGAAAAAUUCUAAUUGAACAUGACCCAUUUGUUAAAUAGGCAAGAGAUGAAUAACCCGUUUAACUAAUUAGAUUGAAUUGAAUGGGUCAUUCUAUCUAGACAUGACCAACAUGACAUAUGUACCAUAUGCAUAUCUUCAUCAAUGUCAAAUAAAUUUGAAAAGAAACUAGUUGUAAGCUUACAAAAUCCUAGGUUUACAUGAAAUUUUAUAUUUAUAUAGUGUGAUCAAAUUUUAAUUUGUAAUGACUAUGGAAACCAAAUUCAUGUAUGAUUUUUUAUUAGAGAACUUACUGAACUAAAUAUAAACAGGUCAUGAUAGGUCAGGUUGUUGAUCAAGUUGGCUCUAUUGUUUAGUUAGAUAGAUUGCAUGAGUCAAUUUGUGUUUCGCAGUUUGAACUUUGAACCCAGAACAAUAUUUAUUUAUUAAUUAACUGUUAAGUAGGUAGCCUCACCUAAGUGGUCACAUGGAAAUGUGAGUCAUGAAUUAAAAAAAAAAAUAAAUCUUUGGAUUGUGGAUCGUGAUUUUCAUCCAAUGGAAUCAUAAAAUCUGAUAUAAUGUUUGAGAUUGGUAUUCCAUGACAUAUGUAAAUUAAUUGUUAGAUAAUAACUAAUCAUAAAGAUACUUCAAAUUCAACUAAUUUUAUUAUCUCCAAACAUGAAAUAUUGCUACAAAUUAUUUUUCUUUUGCCAAAUGAGUACCCAUUUGACAGCAAGGACACAAAGAUCUUGUACAUAGUAUUUUAAUUGGAUUCCCAUUCUUAGAGUUGAGUAUGAGACAAUCAAAACAUCCACUAAGCCCGAUGCAGCCAACAAAAUCAUGCAAGAUGACUACCAAGUUUUUGGUGAAGAUUGACUUUGAAACUCAAACAAGGAUCAGGAUUCUUCUUGAAGUUUAAUCACUAAAAUUAUCAACUAGGAUUUGAGUAUUAUUCGGAUUUUAUAAAGUUUCCUUUUCUUUCUUUUUUUAAGCUUGAGUAGUAGGAUCUUACGUAUACUCCAAUAAUGUUUCUCGUUUAGAGGUUUCCUAUUUCAAUAGAGUUGAUAGUUUAUUGAACUUGGCAAGUGUUUGCUUUGCAGAUUGUGUGAUUCAAUUCAUCUUUGGUGUGAUGGUUAAGAAACCCUAGGUAUGUUGAUUAGGCAAUUUUGCGUGUGAUGCUUAAAAAUAUAUUCUUUAUUGUGGGACUCAGUCCUACAUCAAAGCCAUGAUAUGUUUUUGAUGUUACAUUAUUUGAUGCAUGAGUUAAAUUAUGAAUCAAGGAAAUUGAUUGACUCAUAUCUAAUCAGUGAAAUCAACAAUGAGUUACUUUAAUCACAUAUCAUACAAAAUUAAUAUGCUCAUUUAGUAUAUUUAUAUACUUUAGGAGUUGAAUCUUAUUGAUGUGCUCAAUUGCAUUCUUGUGUAGGACAAAAUUUUUACUUUGCUGCUAAUGUUGUUAUCAAUGAUUGAAACUAUUUCAAUUGUCAACGACAAAUUACGGCAUAGUGUUUACUGGGGUCCAGCUCAUGGUUAGAAUCUAUGGUCUAGGUGGAUGGUGUCAUACUGAAGCAUUCAUCUGUGAGAUGCUCAUUUUCAUCAAAAUUAAUAGCUUCUUUCAAUUGUUGGUAAAUUUGUUCAGUUCAGUCAAAUGAGGAAGGUAAUAAUUUAGGUGACUCUUAAAUGAUAGGAUUUGUGUGUGCCUCAAUUAUGCUUGUGGGUGGAGAAGUUUGUAAAUAACUGGUUAUGUUUUUAUCAAGCUAUAGCUACUUGGUCAUGAGUAGAAUGGCUGAGUACAUGGCUGAGGCUGCUACAAUUCCAUUUUUGUGAGAUUUCUACCAGUUUAUUACUAAUCAUGCACUUCAUGGCUUGUCGUCAAUCAAUAUAGAUGGAUCUGAAAUCUAAUUCAAAUCCAGUAUAGCACCUAUGGGUACAUAAGAAUUGCUGAGAAGAGAAUUUGUUUGUACAUAAUCAAUGUUACUUACCAAAGUAGCUGUCUUUAUGGAACUAUAAAUAUGCAGGGUGCUGCUUUUGAUAUGCUAGUGCUUGUAGCAGUUAUGCUGUGCUUGUUGUUCAGUAUGUUCGUUUCUUCAAUGAUGGCUUGCUGUGCUUGCCCUUUGAGUCAUUUGCCUUUGUUCUACUUCUUUCGCUAUUCCUAAAUGCAAUGUGCUUCCUGUUCCCAAGAGGAACUGCUGUAAUUGCCAAGCUGACUUGAAUUGCGUUCGAUGGAGAAUUGGAUGAAUAUAGAGGUAUAAAGUGCUUGAAAGUCUAAAUGAGGUGGUGACAUCGAACUAAGGAGUUGGUCUUUUUACACAGAAACGAGGAGUGAAUGACGGUGAUGCGAGUGGAAAUCUAGAGAUGACUUAGUUGCAAGUAAACUAUUCCAAGCUGGUAUUAGUUGAAUGAAGGGAUUUUCCUUUUUUAUAGGCGCAAGGGAUUCUUAUCAACUUCUUGACCAAGUCAUUGCCUUGGGAGAUUUUU